UCGGUUUCGAUCCAAGAUGGCGACGGACUGAAAACGGCCUAUCCAAUAGCAAGCUGUACUUUCCCGGGCUGGUGCGGCAGGGGGCGGUCUCGCGCGCUCGGCGCCCACGAAGCCUUUCUAGCCUUCCCACUCCAUCGUUCUCUCUCAAGAUGGCGGCCCUCUUGUGGGUGACGUUCUGCGGGGCGACGGCGCUGCUGCUGUUCCUCCUGUUGCUAUGGCAACGGGAGCGGCCCGCUGGUCCCGAGGAGAGCGCGGUGGCGGUGGUGGUGCUGGGCGACCUAGGCCGCAGCCCCCGCAUGCAGUACCACGCCCUGUCGCUGGCCCGCCACGGCCGCCGCGUCGCCUUUAUCGGCUACCCGGGCACAAAACUGCAUAGUGAGAUUACACACAAUGGAAACAUUCAGAUUGUCCAUAUUGCUGAGCUCAAAAUCUGGCAAGUUGGGCCAAAAGUGCUCCAAUAUAUUGCAAAAGUCAUCGUACAGAGCAUCCAACUAUUUUAUAUGAUGCUGAGGAUAGCUAAACCCAGCUAUGUUCUUCUCCAGAAUCCUCCAGGUCUGCCCAGCAUAGCUGUCACCUGGGCUGCUUGUCUUCUGCGAAGCAGCAAGCUGAUCAUCGACUGGCACAACUACGGCUAUACUAUCAUGAGCCUGACACACGGAAAGGGGCACCCUGUUGUCCGGAUUGCUAAAUGGUACGAAGAAUUCUUUGGCCGGCUGUCUGACUAUAACAUUUGUGUGACUAACGCAAUGAAAGAGGAUCUUCAGAUGAAUUGUAAUAUCAGAGCGAUAACUCUCUACGACAAGCCGGCUUCUUUCUUUAAAGAAACGCCCUUGAGCGACCAGCAUAAGUUAUUCAUGAAACUAGCCAAAGAGUAUGCUCCGUUUAAAGAUCAGCCUGUAACAGAGUCCAUCCUCCCAGAUGAUGCCGAGGAGUCUGUCUUUACCCAACGUGACGUUGGAAGCGGACACGUGACAUGCCGCAUGGGCCGCCCUGCUCUCCUCAUCAGCAGCACCAGCUGGACAGAAGAUGAAGACUUUUCCAUCCUAUUAAGAGCUUUAGAAGAAUAUGAACGAUAUCUCAAUGAUGGAGCUGAACUUCCACCUUUAGUGUGCGUGAUAACAGGCAAAGGGCCUCUGAAAGAGUAUUACAACAAGCUGAUUGCGACGCUGCACUUCAAGCAUAUCCAGAUCUGUACUCCCUGGCUGGAAGCAGAGGAUUACCCUCUUCUGCUCGGCUCAGCGGACUUGGGUGUCUGCCUUCAUACGUCCUCCAGCGGCUUGGAUCUGCCUAUGAAGGUGGUGGACAUGUUUGGCUGCUGUUUGCCUGUGUGCGCAGUGCACUUCCAGUGCAUACAUGAGCUUGUGAAGCAUGAAAUAAACGGUUUGAUAUUCAGGGACUCAAGUGAACUUGCAGAGCAGCUUAAGAUGCUUUUCUUGCAAUACCCUGCUGUGGAAGGCAAGCUCGAUUUAUUCCGAAGGAAUCUUCGCACAGCCAAGCAACUGCGAUGGGAUGAAAGUUGGGAACAGACAGUCCUUCCUCUUUUUAGCAGCAGUUAAACUGAUAAGACAUGAAAGUUAAUUUGUAACUUGUGCAUUCCUAAAAUCUGUAACAUUGUGACAGUGUUUUGUAAAAUAAAAAUUCUUUUUUAAAAAGAAAAAAA